UAUUCGCAUAGAGCGAAACAAACAUGGCGAUAGAGUCGAGUGGACGGGGGUUUACGCUAACUUUAUUCGUGUUUUCUUGUGUUUUUGCGGGCAGGCAAGCCCUGGAGGCGCCGGCGGAGACAAGACUCGGCCCCCGGAUACUCGGCAUGAGGCUGGAGAGGAGCGACACGCCGGCCGGGACCACCGAAAGAGGGGUUAUUCAGGUGACCGAGGGCAGCGACACCCUCUUCAGGUUCUACGGGCUCCGCUUGCGCUCAAACAGCUCUGCUCUCAUCAAGUUUAUGGAACUUUACUCCAGCGAUAAAGAGGAUGAUAGUUUCGGCGCCAUCAUGCACCCCUUCAAUAGGACUUGUCCGGAGCACACGAAGGAUAUAGAAGUGAAGGGGUCCAUGGUGGUAACCAACCAAAACACCUCCGGGGUGGUCAGCCUCUUUAUCAAGGAGCUCCGCAAGAGCGAGGCGGUAAAGGUGUUCGGCUUGUGUGUCCGCGACACCCAGGAGAAGGAGGAGACGUGGUACCUGCUGGACGAUGAGGACGCCAGGCUGCGGGUGGUGGAGGUGGCGAAGUCCUUGCUGCCUGUCUGGCUGCAGAUAAUUCUCAUAGCCUUCCUGCUGGUGCUAUCCGGCAUGUUCAGCGGGCUCAACCUUGGGCUGAUGGCGCUGGACCCGAUGGAGCUCCGCAUCGUGCAGAGCUGCGGUACCGAGAAGGAGAAGAAGUACGCGCGGAAGAUCGAGCCCAUCCGCAGGAAGGGAAACUACUUACUGUGCUCGCUGCUCCUGGGAAACGUCCUGGUCAACACCACCCUCACCAUCCUCCUGGACGACCUCACCAAGUCCGGGAUCGGCGCUGUAGUCGCCUCCACCGUCGGCAUCGUUAUUUUCGGGGAGAUCGUCCCGCAGUCGCUGUGCUCCAGGCACGGUUUAGCAGUCGGGGCGAACACCAUCAUGGUCACCAAGUUGUUCAUGCUGCUAACUUUCCCUCUGUCGUGGCCCAUCAGCAAGCUCCUGGACUGCGUGCUGGGCCAGGAGAUCGGCACCGUGUACAACCGGGAGAAGCUGGUGGGGAUGCUGAAGGUCACCGAGCCGUACAACGACCUGGUGAAAGAGGAGCUCAACAUGAUCCAGGGUGCGCUGGAGCUCAGGACUAAAACCGUGGAGGAUGUCAUGACAGCUGUCGGAAACUGCUUCAUGAUGCAAUGCGACGCCGUGUUGGACUUCAACACCAUGUCGGAGAUCAUGGAGAGCGGAUACACGAGGAUACCUGUGUACGAGCACGAGCGCUCCAACAUCGUGGACAUCCUGUAUGUGAAGGACCUGGCCUUUGUGGACCCGGACGACUGCACCACACUGAAGACCAUCACCAAGUUUUACAACCACCCGGUGCACUUCGUCUUCCACGACACCAAGCUGGACUCCAUGCUGGAGGAGUUCAAGAAAGGAAAAUCCCACCUGGCCAUCGUCCAGAAGGUGAACAACGAGGGGGAGGGAGAUCCCUUCUACGAGGUGUUGGGGUUGGUCACCCUCGAAGACGUCAUCGAAGAGAUUAUCAAAUCAGAGAUUCUGGAUGAAUCGGAUCUUUACACUGAUAACCGCAGCAGGAAAAAAGUGGCGCCCAAUAAAAACAAGAUAGACUUCUCCGCCUUCAAGAACGAGAGUGAAUCAAAAGUGAAGUGCUCUCCUCAGCUGCUGCUGGCCGCACAUCGCUUCCUGGCUACAGAGGUGAGCUUGUUCAGCCCGUCUCAGAUCUCAGACAAGGUGCUGCUGCGGAUCCUGCGCCACCCCGAUGUGAUCCAGGAAAUCAAGUUCAGUGAGAGUGACAAGCGCUCGCUCCAUCACUACGUCUACCAGAGGAGCAAGCCCGUCGACUACUUUGUUCUCAUCCUGCAGGGGCGAGUGGAGGUGGAGGCCGGCAACGAGAACAUGAAGUUUGAGACCGGACCUUUCUCCUUCUACGGAGUCAUGGCGCUCAAUGCUCCCACACUGGAGUUCCGUUCUCCGUCCCACAUCAGCGGGUUGAACCGCACAUCCUCUCUGAGCGGAGCGGACCGCACGGAGUCGCUCUCCAUCAGCGGCAGCAACAGCCAGCUCAACAGCAGCCUCCCAUCGCAGCAGUACACGCCCGACUUCUACGUCCGAGCGCUCACAGACCUGCAGUUUGUCAAGAUCACACGGUCCCAGUACCAGAACGGCCUGAUGGCGUCCCGUCUGGACAGCACCCCCCAGUCCCCAGAGAGCGGCCACAACUCCAUUCGGAUGGAUCAGACCACCCCCCCCGCCACGGCCACCACCACCAUCACGGACCUGGGAGGGGACUCCCCCCCGACAGAGAACGGGCCGGACGAGACCACGCUUCUCCUCCUCAACGAGCAGAACUCACCGCACACAGCCAACCACCACAGCCCCCUGGAAAACAGCAUUUGACACCCCCCAGCCCCCACCCCCUCUACGCCCCUAGUUUGCACGCAUGUACUACUCAAUCGAAUAGUGUGUGUGUGUGUGUGUGUGUGUGUGUGUGUGUGUGUGUGUGUGUGUGUGUGUGUGUGUGUGUGUG